AUGACCAUGUCAUUCAACAGAGUUGAAACAUUCUUACUCCAUCGAAUAUUUGUUGAUUUAAACAAAGAUCUUUUCGAAGAAAACACCCAAGAACCACUUGUAUCCACUUUGAAAACAGGGUCUAAAUACAUUCCUUAUGAGUAUAUUGUACAAUCACCAACAUCCAUUUUGAAAAAUCAAAUUUCUGUAUAUAAUGCCAUCAGCGAAAAGAUACAACAGCUACCAAUCACAGAGAAUAACUUUGAAUUAAUCAUUUAUGGUCUUGAAUUUGAGUAUUUGCAUUUGAAAUCCAAGACAAUAGAGAAAAAAGACGUUGUUGAAAUCAUUGGUUAUGUCAUUGACACAAGUGACACCAGGUUUGAUAUUACAAAUUUGGUUGAAGCAAUACAACUCAUAAUCGACCCUAAAUUACGUGUUGUGGUGGAUGAUUUUGCUUCAUUUACUAGAACAUUCCCCAAUUUGACUAGAACAUCAUUGAAUCAUGCCUUGGCAAUAACAUAUGCUUUUGGAAUAUUUUUUUAUCCCGUAGUACACAAUGCCCUUAAUUGUGCAAAGAAUGUUAAACUAAUGAGAGAGUUUAUGAGAUAUUAUUAUCUUCGAUAUUUACAGAAUCCUAAUGAUGAAUUUAUUGAUAUCACUCAAGAGGCUUAUAAUUUUUGUAAAGAGAAUUUUCCAAAUGAUACAGAACGGAAAACAAAUGAAGUUAUUGACGAAAUGACCUUGUCUGUUUUAACUAGUACUUUAGGUUUGCUCGAUUCAUUAGAGACAAGUAAAUCAGAAUAUAAACGAAGAAGAAUUGGUUAUCAGUAUACUCGAGGUUCAUUAUGA